CAUGUUGUUGGUGUAAUACUACAGUGCUGCUUCUAGCAAGCAACAGGUACAAGACUGAAGCACGUUUUCUGGAAAUAAACAUUGAGUCUCACGUCUAAUUACUUAUUUUGACCGAGAACAUUUGUUGAUAAUGGAGAUUUUCCAGAGUCGGGAUUAAAACAAAUCCAAAAUAUUUUUGGUGUCCUUCCACGAAAAAUGACUGAGAGCUAGCCAGGCGUGUUCGACAUCAGGAUUGUUCAGAUUGCCACAGCCAUGAAUGGUGGUCGCAGCGUUUGGGCCAUCACUCCUGAAGAGAGGGAUAAACAUGACAAACAGUUUGAUGCCCUCCAGCCUACAAUGGGCUUUGUAUCGGGAGAUCAGGCUCGGAAGUUCUUCUUGCAGUCGAGUCUUCCUGCUCCAGUCCUGGCUGAGAUAUGGGCCCUAGCAGAUCUGAACAAAGAUGGGAAAAUGGACCGCCUAGAGUUUUCCAUUGCCAUGAAAUUAAUCAAGCUCAAACUCCAGGGCCACUGUCUGCCAUCAGCUCUCCCAAUCAUAAUGAAGCAGCCACCAGUGCAGUCGCCACUGACGUCAUCACGCUUUGGAAUGGGAAGUAUGCCAAAUCUCUCUGUUGUUCCUGCCAUGCCCAUGACCAUGCCCAUGUUUGCUCCUUUGCCACUUACUACGUCGAUGAGCCCCCUGAGCCCGAUGGGGCUGAGUGCCCCCCUGGUGCCUUCUGUGAGCCCCUCAGCGUUGCCGAAUGGGACCGCUGGCAUCCUUCAGCCUUCCCCUGCCUCAUUUACUACAAUACUGCCUCUGACUAGUUCUGUACCUUCAUCUUCAGUGGGAUUAGGAGGUACUGGAAUGACAAAAACACAAUCCUUAUUAGACUUGGGGUCCAGCAGUUCGAAUUCAUCCUCAACAACCUCUCUCACAAGCAACUCUCCCAAGGCUGGUUCUGGUGACUGGGCCGUACCUCAGUCCUCACGGCUGAAAUACAGACAGAUUUUCAACAGCAUUGAUAAAGCCAUGACGGGCUACCUCUCAGGUCCUCAAGUUAGGAAUGCUCUGGCCACAUCAAAUCUCACUCAAACUCAGCUGGCUACAAUAUGGAACCUUGCUGAUGUCGAUAAGGAUGGAAAGCUCAAAGCGGAUGAAUUUAUUUUGGCCAUGCAUCUUGUUGACAUGGCGAAAACAGGACAGCCACUUCCUCUCACUCUGCCUACUGAUUUAAUACCUCCCUCCCUCAGAAGUGGAAAAUCAGGUGACACGGUGAAUGGAACUGUACCUAUUUCUAAAGGAACUCUAGAGGAAGAUCCAGAGCCUCCACAGAAGAAAACCCUAGCCACGUUCGAAGACCGGCGGAAAGAGAACUUCGACCGGGGCAACGCGGAGCUGGAGAAGCGGCGGCAGGCGCUGCUGGAGCAGCAGCGGCGGGAGGAGGAGCGCGCGGCCCAGAAGGCGCGGGAGGAGCGGGAGCGGCGGGAGAGGGAGGCCUGGGAGCAGGAGCUGAGGCGGCGGCAGGAGCAGGAGCGGCGGCUGGAGAGGCAGCGCGAGCUCGAGAGGCAGAGGGAAGAGGAGCGGCUCAAGGAGCUGGAGCGGAAGGAGAAGGCAAAGCAGGAGCUAGAGCGCCAGCGCAAGCUGGAAUGGGAGAAAACUCGGCGGCAAGAACUUCUGAGUCAGAGGAACCAGGAACAGGAAGAUAUUGUCAAGCUGAAGGCCAAGAAGAAGAGCCUGGAAAUGGAGCUGGAGGCUGUGGGUGACAAGCACAAGCAGAUUUCCAACCGUUUGCAUGAAGCUCAGAGCAAGAGGAAGAUUCAGAAGGGUGAGCUGGAUCUCACCAAUCAGAAGUGGGACCGUCGGAUCAUGGAGAUCAAUAACUUGCAGCAAGAAUUUGAGGAUUAUCAGAAAGAGCUCUCUCGGCUUGUUCCAGAACAACAAAAGCUAAACGACAAGCUUAGGAACAUGAAAUCAAGCGGUUUCCAAACUUCAGCAGUGACUACUUUAAAGAAGAAUAUAACAGAAAAAGAUGUCUCAUGUCGCAAACUGAAGGAGCAACUGGAUGCUUUGGAAAAGGAAACAUCAGCCAAACUUGCUGAAAUGAAUCAAUUCAAUAAGGAAUUCAAGUUUGAGGAUAUGGAUGACUGCGUCCUUCAGUGCCUUCUUUCUUUGCUGGGCUGUCUCAGCAAUCUCUUCCUCUUAAUUAAGGAGCUCCGUGACAGCCAAAACAAACAGCAGACUGCCCUAGAUAAGCUCUGCAAGAUCAAAGAAGAAAAAAUCAAAGAAUUGCAAAGGCGCAAAGAGCAAGAACUGGAGAGGAAACAGAGGGAAGAGGAGGAAGCCAUCAGGAGAGCCAAGCUGGAGAAGGAGAGGCUGUGGCAGGAGAAAGUGAAGCGCGAUGAGGAGGAGAGGCAGCGGAGACUGCAGGAGGAGAGGCUGCAGAAGCAGCGGGAGGAGGAGGAGCAGGAGGCCCUGGCCCGGCAGAGGGAGGCCGAGGAGGCCGCCGAGAGGGAGCGGAGGGCAGCUGAGGAGAGGAAGAGGAGGGAGAGGGAAGAGGAGCAGCGCAGAAAAGCUGAGGAGGAGAGGCGGAGGGAGGAGGAGAGGCGAAGGGAGGAAGAGAGGAAGAGGGAGGAGGAGGAGAGGCAAAGGGAGAAGGAGAGGAAGAGGGAGGAGGAGAGGAGGAGGCAGGAGGAGAGGGAGAGGGAGGAGGAGAGGAGGAGGCAGGAGGAAAAGCGGCGGCGCGAGGAGGAACGGAGGCUAGAAGAGCAGCGCAACAGGGAGGAGGAGGAAAAAAGACGGCAAAGAGCAGAGGAGGCCGCAGUCAGGGAUGCUGAGGAGAGGAAGAGACAACAGCUCCAGGAAGAAAUGUCCAGGAAGCAGCAGCAGCAGCAGCAGCAGCAGAACUCCGAGCCAUUUACCAGCACUAAGAUUGACAUUCAUGAGAAACUCUCCGCCCUUCUGAAGGGUAUUGACGAAAGGCAAAAUUCUCGGAAAGGGACAAGGCCUGUGAGUAAAGGACACCGGAAAUCGGCAUUUCUUGUGACCUACAGAGCUCUCUAUCCCUUUGCCGCAAGAAAUACUGAUGAGCUCACCUUUGAAACAAAUGACCUAAUUGAGGUUGAUGAGACAACUAAGGGGGAGCCAGGCUGGCUCUAUGGCAGUCACCAGGGACGUACAGGAUGGUUUCCAGAAAGCUAUGUGGAAAAGCCAAGUAAUAAUGAAACACCCUCCGUCGCCAAACAGGACACACUGCCUCAGAACUCAGCCAUUUCUUCUACCUCAGUCUUCUCUGGCAAAUCUGAGGAGGAAGCCGGUUCCCAGCAGAAGCUAGUAUCUGGCGUGGUGGGACAGAACUCUGCUUUCACUCCGACCCACUCUCCGGGCUCUUCGUCAGCUGAUCGUGGACGGGUAGUUACUAACUUUCAGGCCCAGGCUCUCUGCUCCUGGACUGCAAAGACUGACAAUCACUUGAAUUUCUCUAAAGACGAUAUCAUAACAGUGACAGAACAGCAGGAGAACUGGUGGCUUGGGGAGCUUAAUGGAGUCCAGGGUUGGUUCCCUAAAGAUUAUGUGAAAGUGCUGAAUGCUUCUGAUGCACAAAAUGAACCAAUUUAUGCCUGUGUCGAAGGUUUUGAGAUGCCAACAGACCUGACUCAACAUGAAGAGUAUGUGGCCCUUUAUACAUAUGAGAGUCCAGAGCCCGGAGACUUGACCUUCUGUGAAGGAGACACAAUCCUGGUGACAGAGAGGGAAGGGGAAUGGUGGAAAGGGUGCAUUGGCGACAGAAGCGGACUUUUCCCCUCAAACUAUGUCAAGCCAAAGGAGACUGAUAAUUCAGGUGUUGCUGGUAGAACUGGGGCAUCGGGCAAAAAGCCAGAGAUUGCCCAGGUGACCUCAGCAUAUACAGCGACAGGCACGGAGCAGCUCAGCUUAGCCCCUAACCAGCUUAUCCUCAUCCUCAGUAAAAACUCUUCAGAAUGGUGGCUUGGGGAGCUGCAGGCAAGAGGGAAAAAACGCCAAAAAGGAUGGUUUCCUGCAAAUCAUGUGAAGAUUUUGGGCCCAAGCAGUGGCAAGACAACUCCAGCCCCAGCCCCAAUUUGCCAGGUCAUUGCCAUGUACGACUAUAAAGCAGCGAAUGAGGAUGAGAUGAGCUUCUCCAAGGGUCAGAUCAUCAACGUGCUCAACAAGGACAACGCUGAUUGGUGGAAGGGAGAAUACAAUGGCAUCACAGGGCUGUUUCCAACAAAUUAUGUGAAGAUGACAACAGAUUCGGACCCCAGUCAGCAAUGGUGUGCUGACCUGAUGAGCCUCGACACUAUGUCACCCCUAGAAAGGAAGCGGCAGGGUUAUAUCCACGAGCUCAUUGCGACUGAAGAGCGAUACAUGGAUGACCUUCAGCUUGUAUUGGAGGUCUUUCAUAAACCUAUGGCGGAGUCUGGAAUGCUUACAGAGAACGAGAUGUCAAUGAUUUUUGUGAACUGGAAUGAGCUUAUUACCUCAAAUACUAAGCUGCUAAAGGCCCUGCGAGUGAGGAAGAAGACGGGGGGUGAGAAGAUGCCAGUUCAGAUGAUAGGAGACAUCCUGGCCUCUGAGCUUGCCCAUAUGCAGGCCUACAUCCGCUUUUGUAGCUGUCAGCUCAACGGAGCGGCUCUUCUCCAGCAAAAGACUGACCAGGAGCCAGACUUCAAGGAGUCUCUUAAGAGAUUUGCCACAGAUAACCGGUGUAAAGGGAUGCCUCUCUCCAGCUUUCUUCUGAAACCCAUGCAAAGAAUCACCCGCUAUCCACUCUUAAUUAAAAAUAUUUUGGAGAGCACUCCAGAAAGCCACCCUGACCACAGUCAUCUCCGGGAAGCUUUGGAGAAGGCAGAGGAGCUGUGCUCUCAGGUCAACGAAGGUGUGAGAGAGAAGGAGAACUCUGACCGCCUGGAGUGGAUCCAGACACAUGUGCAAUGUGAAGGGAUCACGGAGCAUUUAGUCUUCAACUCCCUUACGAACUGCCUGGGACCCCGAAAACUGCUUCACAGUGGUAAACUAUUCAAAACCAAGAGUAACAAGGAGCUGUAUGGAUUCCUGUUCAACGAUUUCCUCCUGCUCACCUACAUGGUCAAGCAGUUCACUUCAUCUGGGGUGGAAAAGGUUUUCAGUCCCAAGUCCAACAGCCAAUUCAAAAUGUACAAGAGUCCUGUGUUUCUAAAUGAAGUGCUUGUGAAGCUGCCCUCUGACCCCUCCAGUGAUGAACCAGUAUUUCACAUCUCACACAUUGACCGUGUGUACACCCUGAGGACUGAAAACAUUAAUGAAAGGACGGCCUGGGUUCAGAAAAUUAAAGCUGCAUCCGAACACUUCUUAGACACAGAAAAGAAGAAACGGGAGAAAGCUUACCAAGCACGCUCUCAAAAAGCCAGUGGAAUCGGUCGAUUACUGGUAACUAUCCUUGAAGCAUCCGAACUGAAAUCCAGCAAACCAAAUGGAAGGAGUAACUCAUACUGUGAAGUAACCAUGGGAGCCCAGUGUUUUACAACAAGGACAAUAAAUGACACCUCGAAUCCCAAAUGGAACUUUAACUGCCAUUUUUUUAUCAAGGACCUUUACCAAGAUGUGCUUUGUAUAACCAUCUUUGGAAGGGAUCAGUUUUCUCCAGAUGACUUCCUGGGGCGUACUGAGGUUCCGGUGGCGACAAUCAAAAAAGAGCUGGAGAACAAGGGAGCCGCGACCAGGCGCUUGCUGCUUCACGAGGUGCCGACAGGAGAGGUGUGGGUGCGCUUGGACCUGCAGCUCUACGACCAGAAGACUCUCGUGUGAGCCUGGGGCCGCAGGUCCCCUUUCCACGGCUUACAGAGCCAUCACACAGCAGUUGGCAUGAAUGUGGGAAAGACACUGGGCCCCGUCUCUAUCAUGAUGCUGUGGCAUCCCUGUUUCCACGGCGACCGGUGGCCUGGCUGCUUAACUAUGCAACUAAAUGUGACACUACUGAAGGGCUGCAUCUUCAGUGAUUGUUUUUUUUUUAACUACUUAACUGUGCUUUGCCAACUGUAUAUUUAUAAAGGCCAUAAAGGGUAUAUUUUUGAAAACUGUAAAAUUAUAUAAGGUCUUUCUAAUGAUUUAAAUCUACAUAUGUAAUUAAUAAAUAAAUAAAAAAUAAAAUUUGGGAUCUUAAGUUUGGUUUUGCUGAGGCCAAGUAAGUACAUUUAGUUUUGUUAUACUACUGGAAUUAUCUCAGGAUUUAUUUUUUGUUGUUGUUACUUAAUAUAUAUCUCUCAGUCUUGCAUGUGGAAAUCUUGAAACAAUUUGCUACUGUUUUAGGCAGAGAACUGUAAAUCUUUGUGUUCUGCACUGAAAUGAAAGGAUUUUUUUCCUCUUUUGUCAAACAUACUGCAGCAACAAAGUCACUUAAAAUACCAUAGUCAAUAUUUAACCUGCCUUAAACAUUGACCUAUAUUUCUUAAAAAUAAAUCAAAAUAUAUUUUUUGAGAUUCAUUUUAUUAACUGUACUGUACAUCUGUAUAUAUACAACCGUUUUCCCCACAUAUGUAUCAAAACAUCUUUAGUUCUGGUUCUGCCAUAGUGUCAUGUACAUAAAUUAGAACCACUAACUAUAAAAGUAAUAGUCAACUUUUUUUUUUCAUUUGCUGUAUUUGAAUUUUUUUCUUCAAUUUUAUUUUGCUGAAGGUACAAUAAAGUAUAAUGGUAAGUGGGUGAGAAUUCUGAUAUAAAAUAGAAUGGAAUUCGGUGCAAAGAAUUUUAUUUAUUUUUAAUUUAUGUAAAGAAAAAGAUGUUUAAAGUACGUAAAACUAGAUUUUAUGCACAGUUAUUAUUUUAAUAGAUUUUUAUUUCUUUCAUAAAGGAAAAGGACAUAUUGUUUUUGAUCUUUUCAUCAAGAGUGAAAAAAUAUUUAGUAUAUAUCCAGAGAUAAAAUGUUCUAAACUUGUUAAUGUGUUACUGCUGUGGAAUAUGACUGGAUAUUUAGUUUUAUUAAAACAUGGUUGACUUCCAUGUUGAUUGUUUUCAAGCAACUCAAUAUUUGAAUGGUAGUUUGCAUUAUUGUAAGUGAUAAUUGGAAUUGUUAUAAGUUGUGCAUUGUGUUCAGAAUGUCAUUUGAAAACUUAUGGAACGCCUCAGUUCUGAAAUGGUUCUAAUUGUUCUUGAUAUCAGCCAGUCCUUAAUAUGGUCAUAUGAAUUCAGCCAUAUUCUUUUUAAUCAUGUUCUGUUUCUGAAUAUGCUACGGAAUUAUAGAAUGGAAUGACUGGAAUAAAGGUUCUUUAAAGGUU